AUGCGUGGUUCAGUCCGCGUUCCCAAUCGCCGUGAUAAGCGAUUCAGUGUGUUACGUUUCCACUCGGCCGACCGUCCAGAUCUGUCUUCCGGUUUGGAAGUCUUCAUGCAAAGAGAAAACAAUUUAAAGCAGUAUCGUAGUGUAAAUAAUAUGACAGAUUUGCCCGAUCGUGGAGCAGGCAGCGAAUUUGGUCGCGAGGCAAAGGAAGAAGCCAGACUGAAAAAAUAUGGGAUUGUCCGUGAAAGUUAUCGCCCGGACGAUCAGCCGUGGAUUAUGACGGUCGGUAAGGGUAAAACCGGACGGCGUCGUUUCAAAGGAGUGAAAGAAGGCAGCGUGUCAAAUAAUGUGGAAUAUUUUGUGUUUUGUCAGUGCAAAGACGGCAAUUUCGACGCCUAUCCGGUCCAUGCAUGGUACAAAAUGAAUCCGGAAAUCAACUACCGAUUCCUUCGCGAGGAUGAAGCCGAGGUUGAGUACAGUCGUCUGAACAAGACUAUGAACUUGUUCAGUGUGAUGAUCAAACGAAAACUGACGGACGGGGAGGAAGAUGAUGCCUUAUUAGACCGCGAAAUCGGAAAGGAAUUGAAAUAUUUAUCGGGAGUCAACGAGAGCCGAUCGAAUACUGAAGGAGAGCCUAGCUCUGCACGCGUUACCAAAGAGGCAAAGGGCUCCGGUCCCGGAUCAGCUGGACGACGUACGACCGACCGCUCGUUGAAACUCACGGACCUGGAGGAGCUGGAUCAUGCUAGUGAUGCGGAUGAUGAUGAAGACGAUGAGGAAGAGGACGAGAAUGAAGUUGGAGAUGGGGCCGAUACUAGCAAAGGAUCCGGCAAGAAACGCGCAACAGAUCUCACCGUGAAGACUAAACGCCCGAUGUCUGCAGCUGAACGGGCACGUCUAUUGAGGAAGAAGCAACGAGAUGCAGCAAUAGUUUCACGCAUGCGCCGAUUGGUUAAGAAACGGAAGAAGAAAACUCGGGUGCUUGGAUCGUCGUCCGAAGAAGAUGAUCCGAUGGAGGAGGCGCAAGAUGAGAGUGAGGUGGACGAUCACGAAGGAGAUGAGGUGGAUUAUAUGACCAAUUCAUCUUCCGACGAAGAGAAAUUAUCGGAAGAGGAACGUGAGAAGAUUUAUGUAGAAACCGGCGUGGACGAGGAAGCCGGUCUAAAAGCGUUGCUCACGGACCUCAGUGGUGAUGAAGAGGAUGAAGAAGAUGAUGGAAAGAGUCGCACUGCAGAGGAUGCCGAUGACGUGGGGGAUGAGUCUACAAUGGAUGGUGGUGAAACAAGUACCCGAAAGCGCCGUCCGGUCGAUGACGAUAGAGGAGAUGGAGGUGUUAGCCUGCCUGGUACAUCGCAGAAUGAUCUGCCUGAUGGAUCCGGAAAAUUGCAUCGUGUGAGAAAGAAGAAAACGGAUGAUGAUGGUGCUGCCAGCGUAUCCUCCUCUUCCUCCAGCUCCUCCUCGAUCGAUGGUGAAUCUUCAUCCUAUUCCUCAUCCAGUUCAGAUAUGGAAGCGGAUGCGAAUGAGAAGGCCAAGCGAAACUCGAAGAAGGCUGCAGUGUUUCAGAAGCUGUCCGAAUCGAUUCAUGGCACAACCUCUGCCACAUCCAGUGCUUCUGGGGCCGCAAACGAAAGUGUGGAUGGUACUCUGAAGCGGAGACCUCCUUUGGACAUUGGUGUCAAUUCAACGGGUGGUUCCGCAUCCACAGCUCCACCAGCUUUGAAAAAGAGUCGACUGGAUCCGGCAUCUGGUGCGGGAAAUGUCCCAUGUGACAGUGAGCUGAUGAGCACGGUGCGCAAGUAUCUGAUGCGUAAACCAAUCACAGUCACUGAACUACUGCGAAAAAUCCGUGUUCGCAAACUGGUGGGCAAGAACGAAGACGCUAAGACUGCCUUGGCCAAUGUUUUACGACAGUUGCGGCCAAUAAAACAGAUUAUAAAUGGACAGCCAACUCUAUCACUAAAGCACUAA